AUGAGGCUGUCCCUGUCUGUCCUGCUAGUCACUCUGGUCCUUUGCUGCUAUGAAGCCAAUGCAGUUGUCUGUCCAGCUGUUCUUACUGAUUUCACAGCCUUCCUCUUCCUUAAGGAACCUGCUUACAAGAUAGAACUUAAGAGAUUUCCUGCACCACCAGAAGCUUAUGAAGCCAAGUUGGAAGUGAAGAGAUGCACGGAUAAGAUCUCCUUUGGGAACAGAGUGCUAAUCUCAAAAGCAUUGGGGAAAAUAGUGUUGAAGUGUGCUUAUAAUGAUAUAGCAAGUCUUCUGUAGUAGGACCUCUGUCUUUCCAUGAUCACCUGAUCUUCGCUGGAAAAUGUAAAGGUUUCAACAUCCUGCUUCAAUAAAUCACUUGCC